AUGCAUUUCUCACUUCUUGCUACGCUUGGCCUCCUCGUCGCCGUGACGGCCAAACCGCCAAUCAAAGCAGAACCCAGGGGCUGUUCCGCCCCGGACCUGUGUAACGGCGAGCCCUGCCCUGCCAGCAAGACCUGUGCGACAUUCACCAAGUACUCACCUACGACAGCGACCAUCACAACCUGUAUCCCCACCCCGACCUGUCUCGGCGUCUACCAGGGCUGCUCGUCCGGCGGCCAGGUGGGCAAUUGCUGCUCCGGGUACUGCGCAGCGACGAAAUGCCGGUCCACGAGUCCGAAGUGGCCGAACUGCGCGGAGGAUUUCCAGCUGUGUGACUCGGAUACGGAUUGUUGCUAUAGUACCAACAAGUGUAUUGAAGGGAUUUGUCUGCGGCCUACUUGA